AUGGACCAAGACGAGCCUCCGAUCCUGACGGCAGUGUCAGGCUCUGCGCGACAGCUCUACCUACUCCUUCGUUGCAUCGCCUUCUCCAACAAGGCCCACGUCCAGAUCAGCGACAUUGGCAUCAAGCUCGCUGUCGAUGAGGCAAGCGUCAUGGAAGCUUCCGCCUUCCUCGACAAGUCUCUCUUCACAACUUACACCUUCAAUGCGCCUGCCCCACUACACAACUCUCAACACUCCGACAGCGAUGACGAAUCCGAGCCACCAUCUACUACCACCCCAGCAUUUCAGAUAUCCCUUCCCGCUCUCCUCGAGACCCUCCAGAUCUUCGGUCUCACCGACCCCUCCACAUCCAAGCCACCAUGGGCGCGCGACGCUCCUUACCCGACCAGCACAGCCUUUACAGGAAACAACAUACUAGGUGGCAUGAACAACCUUUGUCGAAUAAGCUACCAUGGCCCUGGUGCUCCACUAGCCGUGACUCUCACCGAGGCAAGCAUACGCACGCAAUGCGACCUCACGACAUACGAGCCCGAAUAUGCAGACGAGAUACCAUUUGAUCGCCAGGCUCUUGCACUAAAAGUCAUCAUGCGAGGCAGCUGGCUAUACGACGCAAUACAAGAACUAUCAUCCACAAGCCCGGAGAAGCUGACCAUGUACGCCAAAACAGUGCGCGGUAAACCCUUCUUCGCCCUAGCAUCGUCAGGCACUCUGGGCUCUGCGCGCGUCGAGUUUAACAAUCAGCCCCAGCCUUCCGCCUUCCGCACUCCUGUAUCCACAAAUUUCAACGUCAAUAGCGAGACAGGAGAUCAGGCAGCCAAUUUGCUCGAAACCUUCCAGCUGAGCAAUCCCCACACUGUACUUCGCUCGUCCUACAAGUUCAGCUUGAUACAGAAGGCUGCGCGUGCCAUGAACGUUGCGACCAAAGUCAGCAUACGGGCAGACACUCAAGGCGUACUGAGUUUACAAUUCAUGAUCGAGGUUGAGAGUGGUCUAUCAAGUUCCCAGACCGCGACUGGAAAUGCGACAGGUGGCAAAGUAAGCUUUGUCGACUUCCGAUUCGUCCCGCUCGUGGAAGAGGAUGACGAAGAAGGUGAUGCUGGAGAUGCUGAUGAGACCAUUAUCCACAACGGCACCGGAAGCGGUGGGGAAAGUGGAGAUCAAGACGUGCUAUGA